AUGGCCGACCACUUUCUUCCUUCCCACCGAGAAGAGCGAUCUGGCGGCGGUGGCGAUGCAGCCUAGCAGCGAGGAGAUGGAAGGGAUGGCGUCGUCGCACCCCGCGCUCCAGCUGGAGCUCCCGAACGGCAGCGGCGGCGCCGGACAUGAUGAUUUCUUCGAGCAGAUGAUGUCGGGCUUCGCUCCGACUGCCUGGCCGCUGGGGUUGGGGAACAGGUCGAUUUUGGGGCCGAAGUCUCUGGAGGAGUCGCCAGACGGCGAGGGAUUGAACUACGCGGCGCCGUAUGAUGGGUCGUCUCUCCUCGCCUCGCGGCUCCGGAUGCACCACCCCGGCGCCUCGCCGGCGGACUCGUCGAUGCUACUCCAGAUCGGGGAGCAGAUGCUGUUGCAUCCGCCGGAAGCAGCCUCCGGGGGCGAGCCUGGGGGCUUCCUCCGGCUACCGCUCUCCCUCGGAAACGGCAGCUCUGGGGUUUCGACUUCUGGUGUCUUCGGGGACAGAUCCCGAGGAGACGUCGAUCCGCCGUUCGAAUCGCCCAAUCCCAUCGAGGCCGAGGCGUUGUACAACGAUGGAUUCAGUACCGAAUCGCUUCCGCGGGCGGCGCCAGCGCCUCUCCAUCAGCAGGUUCUCCAACAUCCCCAGAACUACGGGGCUGCUACUCCUACGGGGCAGGCUCCUGCUUCGGGGGCCGCCGGAGGAGGUACUGCACCACCAAAGCCGAGGGUGAGGGCCAGAAGAGGGCAGGCGACGGAUCCUCACAGCAUCGCCGAAAGACUUCGGAGAGAGAGAAUCGCAGAGCGUAUGAAAGCUCUGCAAGAAUUGGUGCCCAACGGAAACAAGACGGAUAAGGCAUCGAUGCUGGACGAGAUCAUCGACUACGUUAAAUUUCUGCAGCUUCAAGUCAAGGUCUUGAGCAUGAGCAGGCUGGGCGGAGCAGCGGCCGUCGCCCCGCUCGUCGCCGACAGGUCUUCGGAGAGCGGCGGAGUCGGAAGAUCAGGAGGAGCAGGGACGCCGGGAAGUAAUAACGAGAGCCUGACGGCGGCGGAGCAUCAGGUGGCGAAGUUGCUGGAGGAAGACAUGGGCUCGGCGAUGCAGUACCUGCAGGGGAAGGGCCUCUGCCUAAUGCCCAUCUCCCUCGCCUCCGCAAUCUCCUCCGCUACCUGUCGUCCUCAACUUCCACCCGGUCUCAACCUCCGCCAUUCGGCAGCCGGCGAUGCGCCUCCGUCGCCGAGCAUGUCGGUGCUGACAGUUCAGUCGUCCAAUGUCGGCAGCGCCGACCCCGACGGGGGCAAGGACGGAGGUUACGCUCCUUGAUAGCAAACAGCUGCAACAAAAGUUAGCGAUCUGGUAGAUUUGGACACAGAAUACAGU